AUGGGGGCGAUUGGUUGCCGUCGGGCCGGGGGGCCCGUGGGCUGGCAGUACGUCUUCGAGGAUGAGGAGGACGAGCGCGAGGACGAGGACGCGCCGCUCGUGGAGGAGGAGGGGGCGGACGAGGACUGGGGGGUCGAGAUGGAGAGGAGGGGGACGAAGAGGAAGGGGCCGCGCUCGUCGCGGCCGCGCAAGCGGCGGCGCGUCGCCACGCUCCGCCGCGUCUCGCCGGCGUCGUCCGACUCCGGGUCCCCGUCGUCGAGCGCCGUGCCCAAGCGGCGGCGCGUCGCCACGCUCCGCGCCUCGCCGGCGUCGUCCGACUCCGGGUCCCCGUCGUGGAGCGCCGUGCCCAAGAGGCGGCGCAGCGGAAACGGGGCCAAGAGGGGCCGCCCCGUCGCCGUGCCCGCGGAAACGGCUGCGCCCGCAGCAGAGGAGGCGACGCCGAGCACCAGCGCCGCGGGCCGCACCAAGGGGAGGAGGUCGUGCCACCAAUGCAAGGGGGCGAUGAAGCAGCAGAUGACCAAGUGUAAGCGAUGCCGCGAGAAGAUCUACUGCGGCCACUGCAUCGAGGAUAUGUACCCGGCGUUGUCGUUGGCCGAGGUUAGAGCCGGGUGCCCGUCCUGCCGUGGAAUCUGCAAUUGUAAACGGUGCACUGCCAAGGAGCAGGGUGAACCCAAGAGUUCAGUUUCGAGGAAACGCAACGGCAGUAGAUCAGUAACGAAGAGAAAGAAGGCUAACACCUCAGGUGUAAAGUCAACCAGGGCUCGUAAUGAGGUGGCACAGACUGAAGCAAAUGACAACUCCUUCCUAAGAUCCAAUGAGAUUAAUAGCACAUCUGUCAUAUUAGACAAGGUAGAUACGUUGGAUGCAAGACCUGAUGAGAUUGCUCGGGAAACUAAAGUAAAACAUGCUAGAUAUCUGUUGCACUAUCUGGUGCCUUGUUUGAGUGACCUGAACAGGGAUCAGAUGGUUGAGAGAAAAAUAGAGGCCGAAAUUCAAGGAUUGGAAUUGUCUGAACUGAGUGUUGAACAGGCUGACUGCUGGAAUGAUGAGAGGAUGUUCUGUGACAAUUGCAGAACUUCGAUCUUUGAUCUGCAUAGAAGCUGUCCAAACUGCUCAUAUGAAUUAUGCAUUGCGUGCUGUAAGGAGCUUCGUGAAAAUAAUCUAGAGGGCUCUUGUCGGGAAGAGCUGGUGUCUUAUCCUAAUAGAGGAAUUGACUAUAUGCAUGGUGGUGAUCCAUCGCCUGAGUUGAUGAACUGCGUGCAAACAAACUUGUCCAGUUGCCAGCCUAAGACUACCAAGUGGUGUGCUAAUACUGAUCGGACUAUUAAUUGCCCCCCACCUGAACUUGGUGGUUGUGGUGAUCAUGCCCUUAAGUUGAGACAGAUGUUUCCAAAAGAUUGGUUAAAUAAGCUCGAAAGGGAUGCUCUACAGUUGAGUAAGCAGCUAGAACCUUCUGAUAUUGUCAGCGGAUAUACACAUGAAUGCCCAUGCUGUACUAAACAUGAAAAUGCAAGGCAUGCUGCUACCAGAGAUAAUUCAACAGAUAACUGCCUAUACUGUCCAAAAUCAGAUAAUGAGAAAGGAGACGAUCUAACUCACUUCCAGAGUCACUGGGUUAAAGGAGAACCUGUUAUUGUACAAGGGGUACUACAGAAAAUGCCACAUUUGAGCUGGGAGCCACCACAUAUGUGGUCUGAAGUACAUGGUGCUAGUACUACCCCUGAUAUGAAAAAUGUGAAGUGUAUUGAUUGUUUAUCUUGUUGUGAGGUCGAGAUACGCACACAGGAUUUCUUCAAUGGAUACUAUUAUGGUCGGGUGUAUCAAAAUGAAUGGCCCGAAAUGCUUAAAUUGAAGGACUGGCCUACUUCAAAUCAUUUUGAAGAGCUUUUACCUUCGCAUGGAGUGGAAUACAUCAAUUCUUUACCCUUUCAACCAUACACAAAUUUGAAAUCUGGCUUGCUAAGUGUCUCCGCAUUGCUUCCUGAUGACAUUCUAAAGAUUGACAUGGGCCCAAAGUCAUACAUAGCUUAUGGCUAUGCGCAGGAACUUGGCAGAGGAGAUUCUGUUACGAAGCUUCAUUGUGAUAUAUCUGAUGCAGUUAACGUUUUGAUGCAUACUGCAAAAGUUGCCCCCUCUGAAGGACAAGAAAAUGCAAUAAAAAACUUGAAAGCAAGACAUGAGGUACAAGAUGAAAAGGACUGUUGUGGGAAUUUUGCAAUUGAUGGAAGUGAUGCAUGUCAUAAAAACUGUCUGGAUUCAAACCAUACAUCCUCUCCUAACUACAGCAAGGACGAUGAUGGAGGUGCUUUAUGGGAUAUUUUCAGGAGGGAGGAUGUUCCAAAACUGGAAACAUACCUUCGUAAACAUUCCAAGGAAUUUCGCCAUAUAUAUUGUUCUCCAGUUGAAAAGACAUUUAACCCUCUACAUGAUGAAACAUUCUAUCUAACCGAGGAACAUAAAAGGAGACUUAAAGAGGAGCAUGGAAUCGAGCCUUGGACAUUUGUACAAAAACUUGGAGAGGCGGUUUUUAUACCUGCUGGGUGCCCUCAUCAAGUGCGGAAUCUCAAGUCUUGCACGAAAAUUGCUAUAGAUUUUGUAUCACCAGAGAAUGUCCAGGAGUGUGUCAAGCUAACUCAGCAAUUCCGCGUGCUUCCUAAGAACCACAGAGCAAAAGAAGAUAAAUUAGAGGUGAAGAAGAUGAUAAUAUAUGCCGUUGAUCAUGCCGUGGAGAUUCUGAAGGAGCAUUGGCACUCUUCCCCGUUGGCUUGCUGA